CCCACACUCACACUCACACACACACGAGCAGCAUAUACACACAAGGAAAUAAGCAGCCUCAGCAUCCACGCUUCCUUCCCUCUUGGUUCCAUCUCAUCAUUGCACACCACUACCAUCACACUGCGUGGCAUCUGUCCCAUACCGCCAUCCUCCUCAGCCUCACCCUCACUCUUGUAGCAGCCCCACAUCUCCACUCAGGCCUGGGCCUCGGCCAUACAGAGCCCUCCGCCACUGGGGUCAUACCGAGCCUCCUUCACCUCGCACGAGUACGACCACCAUGACCAGCAACCUCACACUCAAGGCCGCAUCCCUCCUCGGCGUCUCUCCCCUCUCCCUCACAAACAUCAACUACUCUCCCUCUUCCUCCGAGUCAUGGAAACCCUUCUACUACUACCCACACGAGUCCCUCUUACCCUUCAUCUCAGACAAGUACCUCUCCCUAGUCGGUCCAGUAGCAAUCUACUGGCUCAUAUCCCUCUGGUUCACCUUUCUAGACCAUGCACAGAUUCCCUUUUUCGAAAAGUACCGUCUGCAUGAGCCAGAAGAGGUGAGGAAGAGGAACAAGGUGCCUGCCUCGACGGUCGUGGCAAUGGUACUGCUACAACAGGCAGUGCAGACCGUCUUGGGCGCUUUUGUACUAGAGGACGAUGAGGCUGCUCGAAGGCAGGUAUUUGCUGAUCAUCAAGAAGGGAUGAAAAAGGUGGGGGUGUACCUGGCAAAGGUUGUGUGCGGGACCUUUGGCUACAAGGCUGGUCUGAGGAUACUGGAUGGAGGUGUGGGAGUGCAGGCAGUACAGUGGCUGUACUGGUGGGGACUACCCUUUGUGCAAUUCUGGUGGGCCUUCUUCGUCAUGGACGCAUGGCAAUAUGCCCUCCACCGAGCUUUCCACGAGUCACGCUUCCUCUACAGGCACUUCCACUCCCAUCACCACCGCCUGUACGUCCCUUAUGCCUUUGGCGCCCUCUACAACCAUCCUCUCGAAGGUCUCCUCCUAGACUCGGCGGGAGGAGCCAUCUCCCACGCUCUAGCCCUCAUGACGAUCCGUCAAGGGAUCCUCCUCUUCACCUUCUCCACCCUCAAGACCGUCUGCGAUCACGGAGGUUACGCCUUCCCCUGGUGGCUGGAUCCCCUCCAUCUAGUCUUCCCCAAUUGCGCAGAAUAUCACGAUGUGCAUCAUCAAAUGCAAGGACUACGCUUCAAUUACUCCCAACCCUUCUUUGUACACUUUGAUGUACUCUUUGGGACACGAAUUGGAGUAGAGAAGUUUGAUAAGAUGAAGGCAGCUAGUAGAAAGAUUAGGGAUGAGAUUAGAGAGUCGAGAGGGAGCGGUAGUACUAGCAAGAGCAGCGGUAGCAGCGGUGGGAGCGGUAGCGGUAGCGGUGAGGAGGGAAAACAGCCCAUCAUUAACGGCUCCGCCAUUACCACUCUGCGCACAACGGAUGCAGAACGUACAGAGCUACGGCGGAGGACAGUCGCCAGCGCCAAGGCAGGCACAGACACCUUUUCGUCGUCGAAUACCCUCCUACAGGAUCCAGCAGAAAAGUCUGCAGAGGAGAUUAUUGCUGGUGAGGAAAAUCCAUUUGUCACGACGAAUAUGGAGAGUUAUAGAGAAAAGGCUGGGAAUAGGACUUGAGAGAGAGGAGAAGAGAGGGAAUGGGAAGCAGGAGAGAGAGAGGGGCACGGAGCAGAGGGGAGUGCAAGAGGAAGAGGAAGAAGAAGAAGAAGAGGAAUGCCGAACAUUUUCUUUACCAGUACCAAUUUCUUUACCCCAAUUGUUAUAUACCGCUUUAAUCUUCAAUCCACAAAUCCACAUCCACAUCCACAAAUCCACAUCCAUUGAUCUACAUUCC